CGUUAUUUGAGUCUGCAGCGCUUAUUUUCUUCUCAACUUUUGAAAGAGAGCCAUCUAGUGGUGGACGUGCUAAACACACGCUAGUGAAUAGUGAUUUUUGAUCUCUGUGUAGUGACAAGAAUUUGCAAAAUAAUGCCUGGCGGUCGUCCUCUUUGGCAGCGUGCCGGCAAGCGUGAGCCAGAAAAGGAAGUAGAGGCUCAAAAAUGGAUAGAAUCGGUGAUCGGGGAGAAGUUUCCCGCUGACCUUCCUUACGAACUGGCGCUCCGUGAUGGCAUCAUCCUCUGCAAGUUGAUGAACAGACUGCAGCCUGGCAUCAUCACCAAGGUCAAUGUCUCCGGCGGCGACUACAAAUACAUGGAUAACAUAAAUCAGUUCCAAAAUGCGUGCGUCAAAUACGGCGUGCCUGACGUUGAUUUGUUCCAAUCGACCGACCUCUGGGACCAAAAGAACAUUGCACUCGUCACACAAACGAUCUUUGCUCUUGGAAGAACGGCGUACAAACACCCAGAAUGGCGCGGCCCCUACCUAGGACCGAGGCCUGCGGAGGAGAACCGUCGCGAAUUUAGUGAAGACGUUCUAAAUGCUGGCAAAGCGGUUAUAGGUCUUCAAGCUGGGACGAACAAACUGGCCACCCAGUCUGGACAGAACUUCGGUGCGUCACGCAAAAUUAUCAUCGGCAAGUGAAGUGCGAAGAACCAAGAUAUUUAUAAAUAUAUUUAGCUUUGAUAUGAUAUUUAUUCUUUACUACGAUUAUCAAAUGUAUAGGUAUCUGAAAUAAAUGAAUAUUGUAUAAUUAAAAAAUCUAUUGGCAAAUGAAAUAUAUAUUUUGAUGCUCUUUGCAAUUAAGUUGCAAUUAAAUUAUUUUUCAUUUACGCCACCAAUGAUGUAUGUUUAAAAGUGUUACCAUAUUUAGAUGUAAACUAGUUAGAAUACAUAAAUACUAUUUUGUACAGAGAAAGCAAUUUUUAUUUAAAUAAAUCAGACUGCUUCCAACUUUUUCUAAUAAAAUAUUUAUUUUCAA